AUCACAUCGGUCUCGUGUUUACGUGGAUAACAUGGCGGCGGCGAUGUGGCUGUAGCAAGGAGCCUGGUCCUAAUGCUAUCCUUCGCAGUGAUUUAAGACUAUUAAACAAAUAUUUUAAUGUCAACCUACAGUCACUCUACUCACAGACUCUGGGUGUAUUAGCUGACACUUCGCAUGAAGCCCUUUUCUUCUCUCAGCCACAGGGACAACGGUAAUGGAAGACGAAGAGAGGCAAAAGAAGCUCAAGGCCGGCAAAGCAAAGUUGGCUGAGUACAGGCAGAGGAAAGCCAAUGCCGAUGGGCAGAAGAAGCAGAAGAAAAAGAAAAAGAGGAGAGAAGCGGACGACGACCCAGAUGGAGGAGGCACAGGGAAAGAAGACGCUGAACAAGAGUUGGAUAAAUCUGUGGAGGAGGAGUCGGGAAGUGGGGGUGGGGUAGGUGGCGGAGGAGGGGAACCGGUACCUUCUACCACAGAGUUUGGCUUUGCCAGGACCCUGCGGAGCGGCGAGACGGUCAGACACGACCAGACGUAUACCAUCGAGCCAGAUAGUGAGGUGUCCACCACAGCCGAAGACUACUCCUCCGAGGUGAAUGGAUGCCAUGAAAUGACCGAGAUGGAGACUUGCAAGGAGUUUAUCUGGGAGGAGGUGGACCCUGUGCAAAAGGAGGUGAGAAGCGGAAGGGUAGAGGUCAUGGAGGAAGAGCUGGCUGCCAAGACUCUGGCCCUAGAGGAGCUGAGCCGAGAGCUGGAGGAGAUCAGAGCAGCCUUUGGUACAGACGGGGUGCAACAGCUGCAGGACUUUGAGGCUGCCUUGAAGCAGCGAGAUGGCAUCAUCACCCAACUCACAGCAAAUCUACAGCAGUCUCGCAAAGAGAAGGACGAGGUCAUGAGGGAGUUCCUGGAGAUGACUGAGCAGAGCCAGAAGCUGCACAUUCAGUUCCAACAGCUGCAGGCUGGUGAGACUCUGAGAAACACCAGCCACAGUAGCACAGCGCAGGACCUCCUGCAGGCCAAGCAGCAGCUUGUCCAAUACCAGCAGCUGCUGGAGGAGAUGAACAACCAGGUCAGGGGGCACCAGGAGAGGAGUGAGGAGCAGCUGCAGCGAAUCAGCCAGCUCCAGCACCGGCUCGACGAGGCUGAGAUGGGGGGACGAAGCACUGGAGAAUCAUUUGCACAAAGAUUAAAUGAGAAAGACCUACUGAUUGCUGAACAGGAGAGAAUUGUGAAAGCUCAUGAGCAUUCCCUAGCACAACUUCGAGAAGAGCUUGCACAUGUGGGCAGAGGGGCUGGGGAGACAUUUGCCCAAACGGUAAAUGAAAAAGACCUGCUGAUUUCAACGCAAACUGCAAUAAUAAUGGAACAUGAGCGUACACUUAACAUGCUCAAGGUGGAGCUUGCACAGGUGGGAAGAAUGACUGAGGAGGCAUUUGCACAGAAGUUGAAUGAGAAAGCGCUGCUGAUCGCCGAGCAAGAGAGAGUAAUGUCAGAACGGGACUCCUCUCUCCACCAGAUAAAAGAGGAGUUGACAGCCUCUGAGAAACGCUUCAACAACCUGAACUUGCAAAUGACUGCCAAGGCCCAAGAGCUAGAGAGCUGUAAAAAUGAUUUGGAUAACUGUAAAAGGGACUUAGAGUUCUUUAAGGGUGAGUUGGAUAAAAGUAGGGUGGAACUGGAGAGCCAUAAGGGUGAAUUGGACAGUUGUAGGGUGGAACUGGAGGGCAGUAAGGGUGAAUUGGACAGUUGUAGGGUGGAACUGGAGGGCAGUAAGGGUGAAUUGGACAGUUGUAGGGUGGAACUGGAGGGCAGUAAGGAUGAGUUAGAAGCCUGCAGGAGUGAACUAUCAGUCUCUAGGCAGAAGGAGCGGAUGUCCUCCAACGAGAUCCAGCAGCUGAUGGGUAUUGUGGAAGACCUCCAGAAGCGAUGCCACCAGGGCAGCCUCUCGGAGAGUGAAACCCUCCAGAGGAUGGAGGAAGACUCUGUCCACAGGCUGGAUCACCUCAGGGCAGAGCUGGAUGAGAUGUACGGUGAGCAGAUCGUUCAGAUGAAGCAGGAGCUUCGCCUGCAACACUCUGCGGUCCUGGAACAGCUCACAAAGCAGCAUCACGAAGAGCUAGAUCUUCUAAGAGCCCAGAAAUCCAGUACCAGUCCCAAGGUGGUCAUUGAGCUCAAGGGCAAGAUUGCAGAGCUUCAACAGAGGCUCCAAGAGGCCCAGAUGCUUUAUGAGAAGGGCAGACAGGAGCUUACCCUGGUGGCACAGGAGAAGCUCAGCCUUGAGGGGCAGGUGAAUGACCUGCUUCAGGACCUUCACUCAGCUAGGUUCCAAAUGGAGCAGGCCUCCCAGAACUUUGCUGUCUAUGAAAGCCAUCAGGGUGAACUGCAACGCCUCCAGGAGACUGUGGAUUCCCUGAAGGCCCAACUAGUUGCUGCGGCGGAGGUGGCAGAAGAUAUUGAAGCCAAGCAUGAGUCAGAGACAACAAACUACAAGAUCAAACUUGAAAUGAUGGAGCGGGAGAAGGAUGCAGUGCUGGACCGCAUGGCUGAGUCACAAGAGGCAGAACUGGAGAGGCUGAGAACACAUCUUCUUUUCAGCCACGAAGAGGAGCUCAUUGCCCUUCGGGAGAACCUCCAGAGGGAGAGCCAGCUCAAUGCAGAGAAUCUCCUAAAUGAGGCGUCCAUCCGGCACGGACGAGCCCUAGAGGAGUUGAGGAAUGGGUACGAGGAAGACCGAGAUGAGCUGUUACACCAAAUUGAUGCACUGAAAGAUGACCUGAAGAUGGCACUGCACAGCUCGAAAGCUGAAGAGUUGUUGGUGCAACUCAAGGAACUUCAGGUGGAGGCUGAGGAAUUGAGAAAGGGUGGAGAAGAAAGGGUCAGAUUGGAGAUGGAAAUCCAAACACUGCUGAAAAAGAAUGAGCUGCUAGAAAAUAAGUCCAAUGAAAAUGAAAAGGCCUGGGAAAACAAAUGGACGGAACAGGAAUAUGAAAAUAAGGUUUUAAUAGAAACCAACAGUGCCAUGAAAGAUGAAGUUGCAUCCAAAAUGGAAAAAAUUAUGUCUCUUACCAUAGAAAAAGAACAAAAGCAACGACAAGUAAAAGAGUUGCAAGACCAGAUUGAAAUGCAGAGGAAUACAUUCUCUUUUGCUGAAAAGAACUUUGAAGUGAACUAUCAAGAGCUCAAGGAGGAGUACACAUGCCUUGUGGAGGUAAAGGCGCAGUUGGAGGACAGGAAUCUCAAGGACACACUUGUGUAUGAGUCAAAACUUGCCAACCUCCAGUCACAGAUACAGGAGCUGAUGGAGAACAAGGAAACUAGCAAAAUGCAGGACAAGUCCGUAGACACCUGCAGUGCUUUGCUGGAGAAAGACACUACUGAGCAAAUGGAAAAGCUGAAGGUAGCUCUGAUUGAGAAGGAGGAACUUGCUGUGAGGCUAUCUAAGGUUACUGAGCAGCUGACUGUUACAGAAGGUGAACUGGAUGAGCUGGAAGGAGAACUGAGGCAGGUCAAGAGAGAAAACAAGGGCAUCAUUACAGUGAAUGAAACCAUGGAGGAAGAGCUUGAAAGACUGCAAGAGACUCUGAAGGAGAGAAAGGGAGAGAUGGAACUGCAGAGACAGGGAGAAGAGGGAGGUGAAGCUUCUCAAAGCCAAGCUAAACUCCAACAGGGGGGGCUGCCUGAUCAGUCUGUAGCCCCAGCUUGCACCAUCGACAAUCCUCACGUACAGAUUGAAUCUCUCAAAGGAGAGGUAGAUGCGCUCCGCUCCACAUUACGGGUCGCCGAAAUGGAGCUGGACCGCCUCCGACACACCCCGGAGGCUCAGCAUCAGAGCCAAACACUAGCUCUGUCUGCAGCCCCUUCCCUGGUCUCAACUGUGGGGGAGGGACCUGUUGAGCGUAGCUCUGCUGUGAAGCCUUUAGCCUCUGGGUCAGACAGGCGCAAGACACAGCAGCGGCGAGGAAAGAAGAAGCGUCAGACUUCAGCCCAGUCAAAAGAAAAAAUAGAGACUGAGGAGGUGACGAAUAGAAACAAAAAAUCUGGAGGUGCUACUGCUGCAGCAGAGCGGGACGAGCAGGCUCUGAUGGAGAGCCCGGUUCCGUCGAGCUCAAAGCAGAGGACCAGUGAGGAGAAUACCACGGGCGGGUUCCACGCACACACACAGGCAGAAGGCGUUGGGAAACAGGGAAAAACGGUAGAUGGGAUGGCACGUCAGACAAACCUGGUGGCAACGCGAGAAAUGCAGGACGGGGACUGCCAGGCCAAAGAGCAUCUGGAGUGCAGGCUGCAACUGGAGGCCCAGCGGAUCAGCCUAUCUCAGAUCCACGCUGCCCAGCUGGAGCUGCUCUGCGAGCAGACCGAGGAGGCGGUCUGUCUGAAAGAAGGCAAAGAUGAUAUCAAAAGCUCCAAGUAUCAGAAUGUGGUCCAAGUUGUGUCUGAUGAAUGCGAACAGAUCAUCCUGUCCUUUGCUAAAGUUUUUGGAGAGGAGUUCUUGCAGUGUCUCCACCACACGGACGUCAAAGACUGGGAGAUUCAAUGUUCUGAGAAGGAAGAAUCCAAAGAUCCCAGUGCUGUGUUACAGGACGCAAAAGAAACGUAUAGAGACCUUCGGCAGUUGAAGGAGAGGAUUGAACAGGAGCACAGUCGUCUAGUACACCUUCAGGCGUUACUGAAGGCAGAUGUCAUUAAGUUCGUGGAGAUGCAGCAAGCUUACGAUAAUCUGAAGCUCAGCAGUGAAGAGGAAAUAGCCAGCCUGCGCAGGCACAUGGACAGCGCCGUUGUUUCCCCACACAACAUCAAGGACCUGAGGGAGACCACCUCUCACUCUGCCUCCUCCCACGAUACCGAGGACAUCCAGAAGCUCAGUGCCGAUGUCCAGCAGCAACAAGUCCAGCUGCAGGAGAGCCACAUGCAGGAAGUGGAGCGCCUCAGGGCCUACUACCAGCAGCAGGCCAAAGAGACAGAAGAGCGCUACGCUACAGAGCUCUCCGUUCUACAGCAGCGCCUCCUAGAGGUCACUGCCGCCCAGUUCAGAUUUAGCCCGGCAGAUGCUGGACAGCUCGAUGCGCGGACAGGGGAAGAAGAUGAGGCAGGACUAAAGUGGGUGGUGGACGACGCGUUUUUGGAGGGCGUGGACGCAGAGCUUUACGGGCCUGCCAGGUCUAUGGGCCUGACGGGGCAACUUCAGACACUGAGGAGAGCGCUGUACCAGAAGUACCUCCAGGAGGUAGCCUCACUGAAGGAGCAACAUCGCGCAGAGCUCGUCCUACUCAGAGAAGAGAAAGAGAAGGAAAACAAAGAGGAGGAAGGAAAGGAGGAGGUCGGGUCACAGGCAAAGCAGGACCCAGAGGUCAUCAACGGGGGCGUCCGCUCUAUUCAGGAGCCCAGCCCCGGGGGCCAAGGUGGGCAGGAUCGGAGAACCCAGGAGAGGGUGGAAGAGGAGAUUGCAAAGGUAAUAGUUCAGAUGUCGGUGGAGUUUGCCCAGCAGAGCGAACUGGCCCGUAUCGCGAAACUCGCCCGGGAGACCACUUCUGCUGUGCAGACUCAGUCAGAGGAGGGCGAGGAAGGGAUGGAGGAGGAGCAGCCAACCCCCAGGAGCUCACUCACCAAAGAGAUUUCAUUGGAGGAGGUGCAGCAGAUGUUCAAUGAGGAGAAAGAGCGGCUAGAGAGAGAGUUGGAUGAGAGGACCACUGAGCUCCGCAGAAUUAAAAAGCAGCUUCUGCGUGGACUGUCUGGAUUUGAGCAGAUGGGGUUUUCCUCCGAUGGAGAUGGAGAGACUGAGAGGAAAGAAAGUGAAAUGAAGGAAAGAACAGAACUCAAAAGCCAAGUCUCACAGACUGAAAAGAGGACCGGAGAGCAGGAGGAAGGAAGGGAGGGACACCAGGAGGUCAGGAGGAAGAUGGGUGGCUUGUCUCUAGGUGGAACAGAUGGUUCUUCCUGUCCAGACCAUCAGGUCAUCACUACUGAGAGGAAUCUGUUACGUAAAGCCAACGAGAGCCUCCGUCAGGUGCUGAGCGAUGUGCUCAAGACCACGGCAGCCGCCGAGGAGACAAUCGGGUGCCACGUGGAGGGGUUACUCGGCCCCCCUUCCUCCUCCCGGAGACCCGCCUGGCAGAGGACUGAGAGUGAGCCAUUCCGGCCCGCCUCCGGGCCUGCUGGGGAUGCAUCAACCGGGGGGAGUUGCCAGGGCAGCGAGACUGGGGUGGACGACGUGAGCCUGUGGUCGGGUGAAACGGAAACGGACGAGGGCCUGGAGAUAUCCCAGCUGGGGACGACGGACAGCCACAGCCUUUUGCCAGGGGCGGAGCUUCAGCUGGAGAACGAGGAGUACCUCAUGAAUAUCAGCUCCCGCCUUCAGGCCGCCGUGGAGAAACUGUUGGUGGCCAUAACUGAGACGACCAAUCAGCUGGAGCACGCCAGGGUCACCCAGACGGAGCUGAUGCGCGAGUCCUUCCGCUACAACCAGGAGAUAGGCGAUCUGCUGCGACGGCAGGAGGAGCUGCAGGACAGGCUGGCGGAGGAGGGCCGUGCCCGCGAGCAGCUGGCUCUGGAGCUCCACAGGGCGGAGGGUCUUAUUGACGGCUACACAGGCGAACGGGCUGCGCUGGAGGACAAGGUGCGUCAGAAGGAGGAGUUACAGCAAAGCCUUGAGCUGGAGUUGCAGGUUACGAGCAGCCGACUACAUGAGCUGGAGCAGGAGAGGCUGCAGAUUCAGGAGGAGCGGGAGAUCCUUUCUCGGCAACAGGAAGCCAUGAGGGAGCACGCCGGCCCCCGAGAGUUACGCCUAGUUGAAGCUGCAGUCGUUGCAGCACCUGAAGCAGACCUCCUGGAGGAGACAGAGAAGCUGAUGGCGGAAAAGGUAGAGGUUCAGCGGCAGGCAGAGAAGGAGAGCCUUGACCUUCUACACCAGGUAAAGACAUUAGAGGCAGAGCUGGAAGAGCAGGUUAACCGGGUCAUCGAGCUGGAGAACGCCCGCAAGACAGAGAGCGGGGACCUACUGCAGCAGAUCCAGGCCCUGGAGAAACAGCUUGAUAAGAACCGGCGAUUCCUGGAUGAGCAGGCUAUCGACCGGGAACAUGAGAGAGACGUCUUCCAGCAGGAGAUCUUUAAGCUGGAACAGCAGCUGAAGGCCAGCCAGAAGCAGCAACCUGGCUCUGAGCAAAGAAGCAGAGAGGUGGAACAGCUGAACGAGCAGCUGAGGGAGAAGGCGGACUGGUGCAGCGAGCUGCUGCUGGCGUCGGAGCAGCUUCAGCGUGAGGUGUUCGAGCGCGACGAGGAGAUAGACAAGCUGGAGGGCCGUAUCCGCGAACUGGAACAGGCGCUGCUGGCCAGCACCAAGGCGGUGGAGGAUAAGAGACAGCAUGUGUCUGUUAGCGACCCAGACGACUCUAUUCUGAAGGCUCAGCUACAAACUGAGAGAGAAGCUCUGGACCGGAAAGAGAAAGAGAUCUGUAACCUGGAGGAGCAACUGGAGCAAUUCCGGGAGGAGCUGGAGAAUAAGAGUGAGGAGGUGCAGCAGCUCCACAUGCAGCUAGAGAUCCAGAGGAAAGCGCUGAGCACCCAGCAGCAGGACCUGGAAACCAAGGACCGCCUGCUGCAGGUGAUGGAGGAGAAGGACAGGGAAAUAGCACUUCUUAAUGAACAGAUGGCUAAACUUCAACACACGGAAACAUCCCCUGAUAACCAGGAAAUCGAUAGAAAGGAAGAGCUACUGCGGGAACUUGAGUCUCAGAUGGACUGCAUGCGGAGCGAGCAGCAGCGCCUGAAAAGAAACAGCGAAGAGGAGCUGGAGCAACUUAACGCCGUCAUCGACAAGCUGCAAGAAGAGCUAGCCAACAUUGAGCGAAAGCAUUCCUCAGAGACAGAUGAGGAGCUCAAGGGGCAGUUAGAAAGCCAGUUUGGGGGUCCCAGCCAGGAGGAGUAUGACGAAAUUAGGCAAAAGAUGGACCUGGCCACAAAAGAGCUAAACGCCAUUAAAGGCGAACACGGCUCACUCCUGGAGAAAUACAGACACUUGGAGAGCCAGUUGGAAAGCCAGGUUGGACGUCCAAGCAAGGAGGAGUACGACGAAAUGAGGCAAAAGAUGGACUUGGCCACAAAAGAGCUAAACGCCAUUAAAGGCGAACACGGCUCAUUCCUGGAGAAAUACAGACACUUGGAGAGACAGUUGGAAAGCCAGGUUGGACGUCCAAGCAAGGAGGAGUACGACGAUAUAAGGCAAAAGUUGGACGUGGCCACAAAAGAGCUAAACGCCAUUAAAGGCGAACAUGGCUCACUCCUGGAGAAAUACAGACACUUGGAGAGCCAGUUGGAAAGCCAGGUUGGACGUCCAAGCAAGGAGGAGUUCGACGAAAUGAGACAAAAGAUGGACCUGGCCACAAAAGAGCUAAACGCCAUUAAAGGCGAACACGGCUCACUCCUGGAGAAAUACAGACACUUGGAGAGCCAGUUGGAAAGCCAGGUUGGACGUCCAAGCAAGGAGGAGUAUGACGAAAUGAGACAAAAGAUGGACGUGGCCACAAAAGAGCUAAACGCCAUUGAAGGCGAACACUGCUCACUCCUGGAGAAAUGCAGACACUUGGAGAGCCAGUUGGAAAGCCAGGUUGGACAUCCAAGAAAGGAGGAGUAUGAAGAAAUAAGGCAAAAGUUGGACGUGGCCACAAAAGAGCUAAACGCCAUUAAAGGCGAACACGGUUCACUCCUGGAGAAAUACAGACACUUGGAGAGCCAGUUGGAAAGCCAGGUUGGACGUCCAAGCAAUGAGGAGUAUGACGAAAUGAGGCAAAAGAUGGACGUGGCCACAAAAGAGUUAAACGCCAUUAAAGGCGAACACGGUUCACUCCUGGAGAAAUACAGACACUUGGAGAGCCAGUUGGAAACCCAGGUUGGACAUCCAAGCAAGGAGGAGUACGAUGAAAUGAGACAAAAGAUGGACCUGGCCACAAAAGAGCUAAACGCCAUUAAAGGCGAACACGGCUCACUCCUGGAGAAAUGCAGACACUUGGAGAGCCAGUUGGAAAGCCAGGUCGGUCGGCCAAGCAAGGAUGAGUACGACGAAAUGAGGCAAAAGUUGGACCUAGCCACCAAAGAGCUAAACACCAUUAAAGCCGAACAUUGCUCACUCCUGGAUAGGUACCGGCAUUUACAGGAAAGCAGGCUAGCAUUAGUUGAGUGUGAAAAGGAGCAGUCAGACAAUGCAGCAAUGGAGCUACAAGAUGCCCUGAGGGAGAAGACUGCAGCCUUUGUGGUGGUGCAGGCGCAGGUCCAGGCGCUGGAGCAGAGUGCCACCUCCAAGGUGGAGGAGCUGAGUCUACACAUCCAGGAACUUGAGGCCUGUGUCAAGGAGAAAGACACUGAACUGACCAACUGCCGAUUCCUGGUUGAGCGGGCCCAGGAGGAUGCAGAUGAGCUCCAGCGCAAAGUCCAGAACCUGGAGGACAAGUUGAGGGACAGCGUGGCUGCUGUCCUGGUCAGUCAGGCCCAACUGGGUGCUGUCCAACAUGAGUCACAUCAAUCACAUGAGUCCAAGAUCCAGAGAACCAAAGAAUCUGGCCACCAGGAUCCCCUUGUAGAGAUUGAAGUAUUGGACUUCGGUUUGAAAGAAAUGUCCCAACUAGCAGGGGUCCAGAGAGCCAAACAUGGCUCCACAGGAAAGGUAGUCCUUCUGACGGAGAAGCUCCGUGAGUUAGAGGUAGGCCUGAGUGGUAUGCAGAAGGACCAGGAGCUGCAGAAGCAGCUACUCUCCAGCUCUGAGGAGGAGGUAGUGGAGUACGAGCAGAGGCUGGUCGUACUCAUGGAUCUGCUCAAUCAGAUGAGGGCAUCCAAGCCUGGUGGACAGCAAAGACUGUUUACGCCCGCAGAGAUUUCCAGAGACAAUGACUCUGCUGUGUCUGAGAUUCUAAAGGAGCUACAGGAGGCCAGGGACGAGACUUCAUCCACCAUGGAACAGCUCAACAAUUACAGGGAAAUAAGCAGUGAACUCCAGCUGAAGCUCAAGGCAAAAGAGGUUAUAAUAGUAAAGCUUCAAGAAGACAUUCAAAGGGUAUCAGUAGGUGGUGAGGAAAGGGUGUCUGAGCUCCAGCUGAAGUUGAAAGAAGUCAAAGAAGAGGCUGCUGCCACCAAAGAGGAGCUCAACAGCUACAGAGAACGCUGUGACAAACUACAGGAGCUGCUACAGGAGAGAGAGAUGACCAUAGCACAUCUCAAAGGAGAGCUCUACCAGGUCCAGGCCUCAUCGGAAGGCGACCGUUCCUCAGCAUCCAACCUUCUCCAAGAGCUCCAGGAGGUCCGAGACGAGGCAGCAGCUGCCAAAGAACUCCUGAACUGCUUCAGAGAGUGCAGCGAGAAGCUCCAGAACGAUCUCCAAGUCCGCGACCUGUCCAUCGCUCAGCUCCAAGAGGAGCUACAACAGCUCAGAGUAGCCUUGGCAAAAACCGCUGAGUCGACAUCAGCACAAUCCCCUGUGUCGCCUGCGUCACCCUCACCCCAGCUGCAGCAACAAGCUCCGCCCUCCCAUCCAAAAAAGAAAGGCGGGAAACCCCAAGACUACCGGCAAGGCGCAAAGGAAAAAAUGUUAGCCGCUUCCAACCAAACGUCCUUCGACAAAUCAUCCAGUCAAACAUCUGGUUUUAACGCCUCUCAACAUCUACACUGUGCAGACGCUGGCACCCAGACAGAAAUGGUAACCUACCAGAUGUCUGGCCAUGCUAGACGUCUGGAUACCAGGUCUGUUUCAGAGGACGAAGAUGUGGAGGAGAUGAUCGAGGAGUACCAGGAGAAGAUUGUACAGAUGCAGGAGCUCCACGCAGCAGAGAUCCUGGACAUGGAGGCCCGGCAUAUCGCAGAGAGCGAGGCUCUGAAGAGGGAAGCUCAUAUGUUGGAGGAAGAGUGCAAAGUUCUGAAGACCAUCAUCGAGAAGCUGCAACAUUCCCAUGAGGUUGUAUCGAGACCAGAGCGUCCCACCGGAUUACAUUUCAAAGAUGGCUACACCAGUGACAGCAGCUCGGACUGGAGUCAGCGGACCGGCUGCGAUCUGCCUAACCUGCAGCAGGAGUUCAGGACUACGCCGGAGGGUGCCAGGAAAGAGUCGGAUGAUGCCUUACCGGACAGAAUAAAGAACCUUCUCCGUGAGGUACACCAGGAGGGCAUGCAGGUGCUGUCCCUGUCUGAGCUGCCAAUCCCUGAGGGACAGGCCGACACGGCCGGCCCGCUCCACCACGCCCAGGGCUGGCCCAAUGAGAGGGAGGCCUUGCUGGCAACCGUGGAGUCCCUUAAAGCCCUCAUUGGCCAGAUGCAGACCCACAGCAGGGAAACCCAGACAUCAGACUGGCGUGGAGAGUUGCUGGGCGCAGUGCAGCAGGUGUUUGUGAGGGAGCGGAGUGUGCUGAAAAGAGCCCUUUACACUGAACUGGACCAGCUGGACACUACUGAUGCCAUCAUCCACCUUAAUGAACUGGAGCACAGGCUAGCCGAGCAGGAUGCUCAUCACAGAGAUGCCAUGGGGAUUCUACAGGCUGCUGACAGAAACAGUUUGCUGACAGAAGUCCGGCAGCUCCGAGACCAGCUUGAAGACGUCCAAGCCCAGGAGCCUGACAGAGAAGCCAGAUCCAUCCAAGGUGUUCAGGGAACCCACACGCUACAGCAGGCUGACAGGGUUCAGCUGGAGGAGAUGAAGGCUGAGCUAGCCCAGACCAAACUAGAGCUGGAAACCACGCUCAAGACCCAGCACAAACACCUCAAGGAGCUGGACACACUCAGGACGGAGGUGUCGAAGAAGGCUGCUGAGAUGGACACCUUGACGGACAGACUGGCGGAGGAACAGAAGAAGGCCAGGGAGCAGCAGUGGACCUUUGAGAAGGAGAAGUGUAAAUCAGACAGGAAGACAGAGUUGGAGAGAGAGGAGCUGGAGGAUCUCAAACUGGCUUUGGAAGAAGAGCAGGGUCGCGUAGCUCAACUGACCAUAACCUUAAACCAGGAGCGCCAGUCCAUUUCUCAGCUGUCCCUCCGGUCCGAGCAGGAGCUCUCCAGGCUGCAGACCCAGGCUUCGCAGCUCCAGGUCCAGCUUGAGUCUGAGCGAGCAAGGGCCCAGGAGCUGAGUAGUGCCCUGGGGAGAGAAAAGGAGCUCCGCCAGCACAGCUCCUCCAGGGAAGGAGGCCACGAGGAGGAGGGGGCUGAGAGGGGUGCCGAUAAACUGGACGGACGAAUGAGGUCCUCCGAAGCUCUGCUGGAGGAACUGCAGAGGGAGCUGGAUGAGAAGCACUCUCAGGUGGUUCAUCUGCUGAACGAGGUGGAGGCCCAGAAGCUGGCGGUGGUGCAACGGGAGGAGGAACUGACCGCCGCUGCUCAGGGGUCACGGGAGGAUCGGGAGGCUCUACAGGAGGCGCAAGGCGAGUUGGAGGAUCUGAGGGAGCAGUUGCGGGAGUCCGUCGAGCGGCUGGAGAGAGAGGUGCAGCGGGGGAGGUGGCUGGAGCAAGAGAAGGAGAGGCUGCAGGAGGGGAUGGCCCGUCUGGGCGAGGGGCCACAGCAGCAGCCUGACAGCCAGAACCAGCAAGGCCAGCCCACUGACCGGACCAGAGACUGGGUGCUCCAGCAGAAGCCCAACGACACACUAACCGUUCCCACCCACACGGCCUCUCCUCUCCAGGCCUCCGGGACCGGCAACAUCGCCCUUCUCCAUGAACACAAACACUCGGACAAGGUCCUGGCCAAACUGCAGAUCAUCGCAGCCAGGACCCGGUCCUUAGUCAGCCAGGAUCCUGGACGGCUGACCACAGAGGUGGACGCUGAAGGCCUGUCGUGGCUGCAGACCAACGUUGAUGAGGUCAUCACUAUGCUGCAGCAGUCUCCAGUUCUCCCCACGGCCCCUGAGGGCGUCGCCCUGUUGGCGGGAGGCCAGUCCAGCUCCCUGACCGAGCGGCUGCUGAGGCAGAAUGCAGAGCUCACCGGGUUCGUUAGCCGUCUGACCGAGGAGAAGAAUGACCUGCGCAACCAGGUCCUCCGUUUAGAGGACGAGCUUCGCCGCUACCGCCAGGCUGGCCUAGGAUCCGGGGACAGCUCCAACAGGAGAGGAGCCCUGGACCAGCAACAGGAGGCGGCCGGGGCUCUGUUCACGUCGGAGCGUGAGGCCUGGACCAGGGAGAGGAGUCGUCUGGAGAAGGGCUUGCGUCUAGCCCAGGCUGAGGUGACCCAUCUCAGGGGAGAGAUACGUACGGAGUCCCUCAGAGACAUGACCGGACGGGAGGGAGACAACGCCCCACUGAAGAGGAUGUACGGCCGGUACCUGCGGUCCGAGAGCUUCCGCAAAGCCCUGAUCUACCAGAAGAAGUACCUGCUGCUGCUGCUGGGCGGCUUCCAGGAGUGCGAGGAAGCCACGCUGUCGCUCAUCGCGCGCAUGGGUGGCCGGCCGGCCCGCUGCAGCCUGGAGUCCCCGGGGAGGCGGGGCUUGACACGCUUCCGCUCGGCCGUCCGCGUCUCCAUCGCCCUCUCCAGAAUGCAUUUCCUGGUCAAGCGAUGGCAUAAAGCUACAGGAAUGAGCUCCACAACAUCUGGCAACAUGAAUAGAAACGGCCUGGGACAAUCACCAGGUAACGAGGUGAGGACAGACUCCCCCUACCUCCAUCCGGGGAGUGUGGAGGUGUACGGGGAGAGGAGAGGAGCCAGCAGGGGGCGCACCGGACGAGACUCCCCCCGGUCUGCCCUCUCUUCUGUGCAACACCGGUUCAACACAGCUGGAGACCCUGGCCCGAUGACCUGCUCCCACCUCCAGAACUACGACCCGGACCGAGCUCUCACCGACUACAUCUCCAGGCUGGAGGCACUGCAGAGGAGGUUGGGCAGUGUGCAGUCAGGAACUUCUUCAUAUGCUCAAUUGCACUUCGGAAUAAGAAGAUAAAGUCUACUUUACAUUGAAACUGGCUUGAAGAAACUCAGUUGCCUUUUCUUGUGCUGAGCUUUGGUUAUUUUGUAUCAUUCUGCUGUAUAGUAUAUAUAUAUAUAUAUUAUGUGGGGACCAAAAAACCUUUUUGGUGUGUAGACAUCUUAUAAUCAGGCUUUUUGUCGCCAGCACUUGAAAUAGCUUCUAUGUUUGUAAACUUUGGUCUGCCUCUUUAUUGUGGAUAAUCACAAUCAUGUUAAACGUAUAUUUGUGGAAUGAUAAUUUAAAGACUUGAUUAAUUUAAUUUAUACUGUGUAUGUUGUUGUGUGGGUGGAAGAAUACGUAGAGCAGGCGUCCCCGAUUACUGUAGUCCUGGAGAGGUACAAUCUGGGGUGUGCAGAUCUUUGCUCCAGCCUGGCAUUAACACACCUGGUCAAUUUUUUUCAUAGUUCCUUAAAUGGAACACCAUGAUUUGAUCAUUACCGGUAGUUGUUGCUUGCUGGGCUGGGAUGAUAUCCUGCACCCCUAGUAGUUUUCCAGGAGAGGAACUUUGACGUGGAGAAUGUUUGACUUUACUGUGGAGGAGGCUGCUACAGGAUCUGUGUACACUACACUGUGUUUUAUUAGAACGGCUUCUUGGACAGACUACAGAGGACAAUUUGUAGAAGACAUAUUUUUGUAAAGGUAAGCGCUUUGGAAUCUCUGGGUAUUUUGUCAAAAACUGAAAUAAAUAUGAACUUUGAAA